CGCAGGCCCUGGUUGCCGGCGUCCGUCACACGCCGGAGGGAGCAUGGGGAGUCCUGCGGGUCCCGGUCCCCGUCCUGCGGGCCCCGGUCCCCGUCCUACGGGCGCGGGGACUCUUGCAGGCGUGGGGACCCCGCCGGGCCUGCAGACCGACUGCGAGGCGCUGCUCAGCCGCUUCCAAGAGCUGGACAGCGUGCGCUUCGAGGACUUCGCGGAGCUCUGGCGCAGCAUGAAGUUCGGGACCAUCUUCUGUGGCAAAAUGAGAAAUUUAAAAAAGAACAUGUUUGCAAAAGAAGCUCUAGCUUUGGCUUGGCGCUAUUUUCUGCCUCCAUACACCUUCCAGAUAAGAGUUGGCGCAUUGUAUCUAUUGUACGGCCUGUAUAACACACAGCUGUGCCAGCCCAAACAAAAGAUCAGAGUCGCCUUGAAGGAUUGGGAUGAAGUUAUGAGAUUUCAGCAAGACCUGAUAAACGCACAGCAUUUCGACGCAGCUUUUGUUUUCAGGAAGCUUCGGCUGGACAGAGCGUUCCACUUCACAGCAAUGCCUAAGCUGCUCUCAUGUAGAAUGAAGAAAAAAAUUCAACAGACUGAAGUGACACAGAAAUUCAAGGACCCAAGUGAUGGUGUGAUGAAACUCAUCACUUCUGAGGUGCUGGAGGAAUUGCUGAAUGUUCACGAUCAUUAUCAAAAUAUGAAGCAUGCUAUUUCAGCCGACAAGUCCACGCCAGACAGGGCUCUCAGCCUGGUGAAGGAGGACUUUUUUGACAGCAUUAAGAACAUAGUUUUGGAGCAUCAGCAGUGGCACGAAGACAGGAAGAAUCCGUCCUUAAAACCACAACUUAGAGACGGAGAAGAAAACAGCGAAGGCACUACAGAGGAGCCAGAGAGAUGUGAAAGAGCACAGGCUCUAGCGAAAAUAAAAGCAAAAGCCUUUUCAGCUGUUGCUCAGGUAUCCAAGUCCAGGAGGCAUCGCCAGACCAAGCUUGACUCUUCUGACUCGGAUUCUGGGCCUGGACAAGUGCAAGGCAGAACAGCCAAGAGAAAGAGGACCCAAGAAGCAGCAGAACCAGCAGGAAGGAAGCGGUCUUCCAGGAGCAAAGGUAAUGUUCAGAAUGAACGUAAGGAAGAGAAGUCUUUACGCCUGAGUAUGCCUAUCAUUACAGAAGAGGGGGACACCGAUGGCCUCAGCGAAGCAGAGUUCACUGCACCCAAGAGAAGAAGAAGACGCUGAACCAGGAUGCCGGAGCUUACAUUUUGAGCUUUCCAACAGAAGAAAAACUAUUUAUUUUGUGUUCUGAGCAGGACGGUGGCCAGUGAGGACUAAUGUCUGAGAACAAGGUCAUUUCUGUGAAAUGGGAGAGCCUGUCAUAGGUCAAGAGUUGGAGUAGAAGUUUACUGUGAAAUUUAAUUUUAACGUUUAUGUUAAAAGUGUAUGUGAAUGGAGAUAAAGUUUGCAUUUAGAAUAUAAUAGAAAGAAUUGUACAUUUGUAGAUUAAUACCCUUUCUUGAAGUUUUUGUGCUAUCACCUUAAUGUAGUGCUAUAAUGUUUACUAUUCUAUUUUUAAAACAUUGUCUUAAAAUACUGUUACAUGUAAAUGACUCAGUUCUGUCAUCUAGCACUAGCAAUGGCUUUUGCUGUGACUUUUGUUUAAUAUUUUGUAUGUCAUGGUAGAGUGCAAUAAAAACUUUGGCCCGCUUG